UGAUGAGUUACCAUAGCCCGGAUAAAGUAAGAUGGCGAGUGGAAUAGGACAGAGAUUAGUGAGGCUGGGCAACAGAACCGUACAAUCUACGCAAGCUGUAGCAGGUAGGACGGUAUCUUGGUCGUAUCCGCGGUUGGUCACACUAUGGGGUCACGUUAGUCGUGAGAUGGGUCCUCCUGGUCCGUCGCAGUGGGCAGAAGUUCGUCGCGGUUUCAGUCACAUUAUUGAGAGCGCAGCGACGGGACGAUUUCUGGAUGUGACCGUCAAAGAAGGCACGAGAAAUGCGCUAGUCUUUGCAGAAAUAUGCUGCUGGUUUAUAGCGGGAGAAAUGAUCGGCAGACGUUCAAUCAUCGGUUACAAAGCUGGAGAAUCGCCGCUCGAAAAACACAAGAAACACUGAAGUGUCACGUGACUUGUAGACUUGUGUAUGUUACUAUGUAAAUCGUGUCUUGUGGAGUGAGGAGUCAUGCGUUUCAUAGCACGGAAAUGUGGUAUUAACCAAAUAUAUGAUACAGUGGAAUGUCUGAAGAA